AGCUGCCCGAUCAUAGCCCCGUGCCAUUUCGCAAACCCAGCAUGCCGCCUGAUGAGGCGGUGUGUUCUGAUGAGGCGGUGUGUUGUUCUUUGGCACUUGGCCGCAAGAGGACCACCACAAGUUGCUUCGCUGCAGCAGCACGGCCUCGAACGUCGUGAUGGAGUGCGAACAAAUCAUGAGCGGCAACACGACGCGGCAACGGCAACCGCAAGCCAGACUCGGCUCGAGGUCGAUCUCGAUGCUGAAUCUGGCAGCGCCGAAGCCGCCGGGAGAGCCGACUCCACCUUCGGCAGUCGGUUAUUGCGAGCGGAACUGGAAGAAAAUGAGGCUGUUGACGGGGACGAGCACAGUGCAGCUGUAGAUGGUGCAGCUACUGCUACUGGUGAAAAUCGCACUCCGGUAGAUGAUGUUGACAACCACAGUGGUCUAGGUGCAACAACCACACCUGAUGGAGAUGACGAACCAGAUGCGACUACGACAACAAUAGAGCCCCCGACUUCUGCAGAGGAGCCCGUUAGCCCGAGUUCAACUCCACCGGACAGCACGAGCACGACAGAUCCAGAUGAAGGGACGACAACAGGCACUGAUGAAAUACCCGACACCGCAGUCGAAUUGGACCACGCAGGCCGUGCCAGCGACAAGGAAGAUGUAGAAAAUGCGGAGAAGGAAGCUGCGGCUGCGCGGCCAGUAGAAGAAGCAGGUGCUGUUCCUGUAGGCGGUGCAACAGCAACUGAGGAAACAGAUGGCACCAACAGCAAGCAAACCGAGGAACAAAACGACCAAAAGAACGACAAGAGCCAGGAAAGCGAAAGUGGAAGGGCACCAGAGCCUGGUGAGAUAGAAACUCCAGCAACUGAUGCGCCACCUGAUAGCAGCACGACCGCAUCGUCGACGUCAGAAGCUGGUGGCAGUAGCAGCUCUACCGGAACCUUCUCCAAAGAGAGCGAGGAUACGAGCAAUAGGGCGACAGACAAGUCGAAGUCAACGUCGACAGUUAAAAACACAAAGACAGUAGAGUCUGAGUCUUCGGAGGACCAAAAUCAAAAUACGAGCGGCAGUGGUGCUAAAAACGAGAAGAUAGAAGCUGACUCCUCCAGCGCAACAUCAUCUUCGCAGUCAGCAGGAGAACAGGAGGUAGACACAAGAACGGCAGGUGCCAGUAGUGGAGAAGAAGCAGCUACGCAAGUAGAAGACCCUCCAGGUCAUGCUGAUGAGCAAGACGUGGAGUUGGAUCCUGAGAAAGAAAGUACAUCAAAACAAGACUCCGAUAGACAACAGUCUGAUACAACUUCUGAUUUGAAGAACCUGAAAGAAGACCAAGACGUCAACCUAGACUACAUUCCCCACUUGCACACCGAACGGCACGAAACGGAAACCAGCGCCUUUCUCCAGCAAGAAGAUGAAGCAGGAGCACUAGCCACUUCCCGAAAAACCGAAGUGAUGAUCUCCUCUUCAUCUAGUGACGCAGCUUCGGCUGUAUCCACUGCUCGCGGCGCGGCCGUGACAUCAGCUUCUACACUUCAAAAAACCUCCAAAACGAAGACCGCCGCCUGGGACCUCUGUCAGACGACCGAGAAUCCCUACUGUUUCGCUUCCGGAUACGAGGUGAAGAAAGUCGCUGCGGUAGCUAAUAGCUGGAAGGGUGCUGCCAAGUGCACGCCCGAGGACGCAAUCAGCAACAAGCACGAGUGUCUACUCGCUAUCGCGUACCUGUGUAAAUUGGGAGUGAGCGACGCCUGCUACGUGGCCGCCGACGACACCCCUUUCACGGAGGUGAAGCAUGAAACCAAGUGUGUGAAAAACGGGAGUAUUUGCCACAACAACAAUAACCAGCAACUCUACCCGGAGGGCUGUGGAGUACUGCAUCCGAAAAGCAGCUAUCCACUGUAAAAGUGAAAUACGCAUCACAUCACUCGUGGUCGUCAGACAGAAGAUCCGUCUUUAUUGUGUGCUCAUCGGGCUAGCUGCACAAACCGCAUUUCGAAUUCGGCGAAUAGAAUCAUGAACAAAAUUUGAGUUGUAGGCACGAGAGGAUGGCCGACACUUUUGCAUUGCAUAACAGCGGAGACGAGCGCGUCGCGGUUUUCUGGACACCGACUAAGAAAUAUCCACAAAAAAAGGCUCCUCGUCCUCAUUCAAUUUGUAAAUUCAAAACAUGAUGCAUCAACAAAACCUGUCGUGCGAAAAAUGGAUGGGGAUAGGAUAGGUUUUCUUCUGUGGAUAAGAAAGUGGGUAGCGCUACUCCGGACCUGGUUCUAACACACAGAAAAAUAUCCAGUGUAAACACGUCCUCGCCCCACAUUUCUCAUGUGAUUCUGCAUGAUCCCUAAUACGAAAUAUCAGAGGGCUUUCAUUCGCUUUCGCCUCCUCAUGGCCAUGAGAAGCAUUUUCGAUGAAGUAGUGUUUUGUCAUGCUUCUAGCGCAACGCGAUCGAUUUGUGAUGCAGCUGCGCUAGUACCUCAACACGUUUACAUUGCGACCCUUUUUUUGUCAUGCGCAACAGACGAAGCAAAUUGAUUUGUGUACUACUACUAGCAAAAUUUUUAUCUCAGCUGUUGGGUGGGGACUUUUUUAUACAGGAUAAAAAACCCGGCUGCUUUGUCAUCAUCCUCUACCUGAUGUUGAUAAGCACGCACAGCCUGCAUACCUGAUGGUAGAUAGUACUAUUACAACCAGCAGCACAAAUCAAUGAAGUUGUCGUGCAAGAUCAUAGUAGAAGCAGAUGCUGAAAGAGGUAAAGAAAACUUUGCAUAGGAUAAACUCCCCAAAGAACCCAUAACGUCGCCGUUUGCAGAACCAAGUCGAGGCAAACGGCACGUAAGCAAUUUUUACCCCUCUGUUGCAAGUUGAUUUGAUAUCCUCUGGAUGUUGAGCUGCGUUAUCAUAUGUAUGUUUUCUUCUGAAUUAGCAUUCUAGGCUUAUUUCUUUUGAACUUGUGAAGAUGCUUCGGCGGAGCUACAAGACUUUGACCAAAAACUUCUCAAAAUCCAGCUUCCGUCGUGGCUCUCACCGACUUCAAGGAAUACCAAACGCCGUACCAAGUGCAUGACUCUACUUCCACCUUACUUGUCAUGCAAAUAAAUGCAAAAGCCUGACUACACUGUCCUUUCGUUCCCUCCUGUGGCGAUGUUUGUAUAACAAAUCCCAGAAGCGGGAAUUAGAUUUACCCCAAAAACAGUGCUGCGAUUUCCGCAGAGAGGACUUGCCAUGCACAGCCACUGCAAGCUCCAUGUCCAGCACUGCGCGGUUGGUGUAGUCUAGUUUCUAGUGCUGUUGUAGUAGCCAUAUUAAAUAAGGGGGAGUACAACUAGUUGUGCCCUCUCAUACGCCAAAAAGCGGGAAUAUGGGAGUGUCAGAAUCGAAAUCGACAAAAUCGAAAAAUUUGUGAUGCGCAAAAUCGAUGCCAGUUGAAGCCUCAGCUUUCAGGUGGCGCAUGACAAAUUUCGGGAGCACCAAGAUUCAGUGUGUCAUGCUGUUUGGGCAAAGAAGACUGACCCUGUCAUGCUACUCUGGGAGCGCAUCGUCCUCCUCUAAACAGGCUUGCAAUCGGUCUCAUUUGCCUGCUCCCCAACACAGGCCGCGCGUGCCCUGCAUUUUAUGCAUUACAAGUUUUUCGAUUUUGUCGAUUUCGAUUCUGACACUCCCAUAGGGAAUCUAAACCACCCGAUCGACAGCACUGGGAACACGAAGAUCGGACAUAGCUAUCAAAUGUAAAAAUGUCUGGGUCUGGAAGAUUGCCAGGCUUGUCAUGCACAUUUUGCGUGACUCCUGAUGUCUGUGAUGCAUGCCCUAGCAUCACAGAUUUUGUGAGGGCUUCCUGAUGCCUAUACCGCAUGACAAAUGCUCUUUCCGUGUAGCACAACUUGGACUCUCUUUGCUGCUCAUGCAAUACAGAUUUUUUUAGAAUCCAAAAUCAGCAUGACAAGUUGGAUUCUCCCAGACCCAGACAUUUUUACAGUUGAUAAUAGCGCCGUUGAUCCGAUAUCAGGCCAAGCAGUCGGAGCGGAUAAUGAGAAAAUUCUUUCCGGGCUCAACGUGGACGAGUGUCGGCUGACGGUAGAGAACAAAUUACUCUGCUUGAUCGUUAUGAUGGGACUUUCCAUAGAGGAGAUGCUACUACUCGUUGUUGAGGUGGUAGAUCAAGUCUUGAUCUACUACAUCUUGACAAGAUGUAGUGUGGACGAUGUCACUCAGGACCACCCCAUAAGCCAAAAUUACGCAACGACCCCCAAGAAAUAGACGAACAUGAAGAACCACAGGAAUCCUCUUUUAAUUUUAAUUCGAACACCUCCAGGUCGGCACCCCGCAAGGGAAAGACGACGGUAUCAUUCUAUGGCCACCUCAGAUGGGACUCUAGCUAUCAAUAUUACCAUUGCGUGCAGCUCCAUGGGAAAAAGUCUCUGACGAGACGCCAAUCUGCAUUGAAAUUAUCUGCACAAGAUUUUCCAUGUAGAGCAGGAACACACAGUCUGUACUUUUGCUCUUUGUGCAAGACAACUUUUGCUGGCUUUACUUUCGGUUUUACAUCACUGCUCCACUUGCUAUUCUUCCAGUUGAGCAGGGCAUAAAUUCGGUUUGCAAAGUUCACGGACCCGGACGAAUGUAAAACAUAUCUGGACUACUUUCCCGACCAAACCGUAGCGUCAAAAACACCUCCCACCGUUAUGCAGGGGAAGAAGAGGCUGAUCUUCAUCUUUCGGGCAAGAACUCCUGCUAGUGGCAAGAAAAAUUCCAAGUCAACUACAUUGGGCGGAGUUCGAUACGCAGCCUUCCUAGUGUUGAUGCGACACACUUCCCAAAGAUCACGACUCCAGACUGCACGUAAGUGGAGUUGAGCGAGGUGUUCUCUUUCUCUUUAUUUGCAUGCCAAAGCACAAGAACACCCCCAGGACGCUGUGAAUUAGUACUCGCAUGCCAGGUUCUUGCGACUCUUCUUAGGGCUAGCGGCCCCGCCGAAAGUCACACAUCACAACUCACUUCCCCGCUAUAGCCGCAGCGUUUGCUUUUGACGGUCCGGGAUCCGGCGGGUGUGCGUUGAACUGGAUGUCAGAUAAAGCCUUCCUAGCUGUGGGUAUCCCAGAGAUGAAAAGCACGGUCAUCAUACCAGAUGAAACAAAAUGCAUUUUGUUUACGGUGCUGUUUUCCUUUUCUGGCACAAAAAAACUUUGCGAUCAUGUUCUAAAAACCUGUCAUGUAAUGGAGACUGUGACUAUCUCAUGCGGAACAGGAUGGUAUGUUAUGGGUGUGGUGCUUUUCUGUCGGAUAGUGGGAUUAGCUGAGCCGUAUGAAAAGCAGCUGUUGACAACUACAUUCCAGUCUUGAAGCAAACGGGGGGCGGUAGUAGAGGAAACUAAUUCAACAGGAAGUGCGACAGAAUUGCAUUUUCAGGCACAACAACGGGAAAUUGCAUGUGCAGGCACAAGCAACAUGCGCAAAAAGAAAUUCUGAACUUCAACUUACAUGAUACAAAGCAUGAUGCGGGAGCCACCUGCUGAGAAGGCUCGCUUCUUCGAAGAUCAUGCGAAAAAUUCGACUUCAUCAAAUUGUGGAACAAUCGAAGCUGCAAGACAAAGAAUCAACAAUCAUCGAACCCCUGUCGAGAAAAUUCUGGUUGUCGUUAUUUUGUCAGCAGUCGAUAACGGCGACACUACCCAUACCCUCUUCGAACGAAAGUGGACCCUAUCGAGAAAAAAAAAACGAUCCCCAGCAUCCAAUUUGUCAUUACAAAACAUGCAUGAAGUCCUGUGUUUGCCAUGCAAAAAUGCAUGGGGGUGAUUGUUUUUUCCUGGAUAGUAUGGAAUGCAAAAGCAUCGUACUCGUAUAAAUGCAUGACAAAUUCCCUCAGCAUGAGAAAUAAGAUUUGUAAUGCGGAUUUACAUUGAGAACAGAAUUUGUAAUGCAUGACUGCGAUUAGUACGAGUACGAUACUUUUGCACAGGAUAGAUAGACACGGCUGCAUUUCUUCAACCAGGAAAGACACGACUGCGAAAUCGCCUGCAAGGAGCUUUUAUGCAUCGCAAAAGUAUCGUACUCGUAUUGUAAUCAUGCAUUACAAAUCUUGCUCUUAAGGUAAAUCCGCAUUACAAAUUUUCUUUCUCAUGCUAAAGGAAAUUUGUAAUGCAUUUAUACGAGUACGAUACUUUUGCAGUUCAUUGCUUUUAUGCAUCGCAAAAGUACAACCGUACUAGUAGUAGUCGCAUCACAAAUUCUUUGCUCGGCAUGAGAAAUUGAAUUUAUAAAGAGAUUGAGAUUGGGAGUUUACCGUAAGAAAAAAAUUUGUAAUUAUGCAUGACUGCAAUUACUACGAGCACGAUACAACUUUUGAAGUGCAUGCCUUUGGUCCAAGUUUCCCUACGCGCCCAACCUCAACCGACGGCCCUGGCAGGGUUGCAGCUACAUAAUCACCCGAAAGUAUUCUUUAUUCGUGUUUGCUGCACUGCGACGUUUCUUUAGUUGUUUCUAGUAGGCUAAAAUGUUGAGUGGUGGAAUGCGAAUGAUAUGCAUGACUUCUGACGUUUUCACAGCAUUUACCAUUUAGCGUUUCUCUUUUUGAUGUUAAGCAAAACCAAUUGUCAGCAACAGCACGACCAACACCUUACUAACUUUUUUUUACAGCGUCAAACAAUUAUCGCAGGGGAGCUGCCGACUCUUCAGACUACACCGCGCUAUCGUAAGGAAAAAUCCCGCCCCCCCACAUCAAAACGAAAUUUCUGAUGCUGGAUUUGAGUACACAAAUCAGGUUUGUAUUGCAGGAAAGCAUUGCAGUCAGAUCCCCAGGCUAGGUAGGGGCGUAUGCGUCUAGUUGUUCAGCAUGGCAAGCGGCUCCCCUUUACUUAGGCCCAACAGCAUGACAAAUCGAAUCCAUAGUGGGGCGGAAGUUUCUGCCCUUGUCUUCUUGCAAUACAAAUGUGAUUUGCGGCCUCAAAUCAGCAACGCAAAUUUUCGGAAACAUACCUUUUCGAUAUGGGGAGGGGGGAUUUUUGCUUUUGAUACGCGCUUUGCCAGAUUCACCCCGUCCCGGGAUCAAAAGGGGCCCCGCCGGAUCUUAUGGGGGUGUCAGAAUUGAAAUCGACAAAGUUGAUAUAACUUGUAAUGCUAAAACGCACGACGCGAAAUACGUGCGUUGCAGAGCAGGCAAGAGAGGCCGACUGUAACCCUGUUUGGGGUUAGAGCUCGGGCUGCUAAAGUAGCAUGAGAAAAUCAGUUUUCUUGGCCUAAACAGCAUGACAAACUGGAUUUAGCCAUCACCAAAACUUGUCAUGCGCCACUUGGAUGGCAAAUCAUUUCAACUUUGUCGAUUUCGAUCCUGACACAUCCAUAGAUCUCGACGUUAAUGUAGAGAAAAGAAUGUUCUGGUUCGCGAACCUUCCCCUCCACGAGAACAUUGACCUCACCGUGGACGACACACCCGACACGGCGUGCGGCUUUGACGUGAAAAAGGACGUGGAUUAUAUCCAACGUGCUUCGGCUUCUUUUGAGUCGUGGGACUAUACUGGCAUCGCGGGAACCAGAAACGGCCCAGACCUUCGGGUCGCCCACGUUCCCUACUACAACCUCGAGCGGGGCUUCUCCGGGUGCCCAGUGCACUUCAACACCCCGAAUCUCGCGGAGUGCGAAUCGCUGACGAAACUCUUUUCCAAUGCGAAUCGCAAGGACACCGGGUUGAUCGAGGGAAUCCACACCGGCGGGGCUAUGACGUGGCAGGAAGUUCCGGAAGCGGACAAGAGGAAAUUCGUUCAGGACUGCGGGCUUCUGCUCGAUGCGGCGGACGAUACUCUGAAGUUUCAUUUCAACGUAUCAACCAAAAAAGUGUUAAAGUUAACGGCUUUUGAGCCAUGGCAGUCAUGCAUGACAAGUUUUCGCUAUCAUGCAUGCCAUGCAAUACAAAUUUGGGCAUCAUUCAUCGUGCAUUCCUGCAUGCCAAGUUCCGUUAUUACGCUAACACUUUUUGGCGCGAUACAACGAGAGAUGGAGCAGUCCAGUUUUCGAGGACACAAUCGAUGUGGCAGAGAAGUUAUGAAGUGCAAAUCAUAUGUCUGGGUCUGGAAGAAAUAGAAAAGUCUGUCAUGCAUUUUUUCCGUGCAGCCUCAUCAUGAGAUCUGCCAUGCAGGACUUUCUAGCAUCACUGAUUUUUCUACAAGGUCUAUGCAUCGUAUGAAAUGAAAUGCGAAUGCCUUUUGGAGGUUUUGCUAUCCGGCAUGAAUAAACUACACGUCCUGCUCGCGACUCGACCACAGAUUCAUAAGCAGGCAAGACCUUAUGGGACUAGUGAUGCUAAAAAUUUGGGGGAGUCCACGGGACCACGCGUGGUCACAAGUUCACAUUUGUCCAGAUCCAGACAUGUUUGGAGUGGAUAGAAGUCCUCGGAUCAGUGGAGAAUCUGCAUGGGAAGUACUAUUUUGAAACACUGGCGCUUGUACCAGUGGAUUUUUUAUUUUUUUGUAGUUUCUCAUGUAAAAGUAAACCAACAUCCGCGGAACGCCAUAAUUCGUUUUCUUGGCACCAACGCCUUCGCCCCCCCAACCGUCCGCCCGCACCGGCGGCACGCCGCCCCCUCCUCUUUCGCUGCAUGAAUAAAAUAAGGGAAGGCUACCGAGGGAAGGCUAUCGAUUCAAAAAUAGAAUUGGCCGGCGCGCCCGCGCAAGCGACGGAGGCGGGCGGGGCAGCGGCAGCGAGGGCUCUGGCGUGGGCCGGUGCCUCAACAUAACAUGGGCACGACGUUCGCCCGGGCAAUCCCAGGCCCCUCCCCGGGGCCGCUCUUUCUCUUUGCAAGCAUACAUUGCGUUGGUGGUAGAUAUCGUGGGCGGCAGGUUGCGUGGCGGUUGGUGCGCCGGCGCGGCAGUCCUCCUUCAAAGUGGUUGCCUGGCCCAUCCGGCAGAAAAGUCGCGGGCGGCCUUCGUUCAGAAGGGCCCGCCCAAAAAGCCGGCGGAAGGGGCCCGGCGCCCGGGCUUGGGCCCAAUAUUGAUAUUGUUGAGCCCCAUCGGCCGUGGCCCGCAGGCGACGGAGGCGUGGGGGCGCCGCCCGUUGCCAGGCGGGCGGCAGAGGGACCUGCCAGAGCGCUGGCCCCCCUGCUCUUUUGUUUGCUCUGGAGCGCCGGAUCGGUCGCCCCGCCCUUUGCGCCGGCGCGCAGGUAAAUAUGGGUCGUUUUGCUUGUCUAAUGCCCGGCGCGCGCGCAACGAACUGAGUGCACACCGACGACCGAGCGUGGGGCCACUUACUUCGCCGGGGCUGCCACGGAAUUGCGCAGUCUGCCGUGGUGGCAUAUUUAUAUGGGGGCACUUGUUUUUAUGUGCGCGCACAGAUGCGCCGCACGCGGACGCGUUCCGCCCGGGGAUGUAAACUGGCGGCUCGCCCGUUUGCAUUCGUGGCCGGGUGCGACGCGGGCACGCGCUUCUACCGCGGCCCCGAUCGGCGCCACGGCAACAUGGGUCACCACUUUGGGCCCUUGGGCUGGCGUUGUAAACCAACAAACCCGCGUCGCGUCGCCAUGUUUCCGCGCUGAAGAUAUGGGGCGGCUCCGUACAGCCUUGCUGAGCAGCCCGUGCAUUUUUGGAGCCGUUUCUUCUUUUUUUCGCUCCAUUACAAUCACCCGAAAAAUUCGGCUUUCGCAUAUCAAUCCGGAAAGUCAAGAAAAUCAUUCCUUAACUUUGAGUUAACAGAAAAGAUCUUCGUAACCCCAUAAAACCAAUAUCCGCGGAACGCCAUAAUUCGUUUUCUCAUGAGGCGUAUUUAUAAGUGUGAUCAUGCUAAUUUUGCAAUAGCUACCACAACUGUAAUCACUCAACUGUAAUCACUUUCACAAAUGAUAAUUCAUUAAAAACCAGCCUGCGGCAGCUACGCGGAUUCCUUCCUUCCCUUCCAGCCACAAGUGUACGCAGACGCGAAAGCGAUCCGCCAAACCGAGAAAACCGCCAUGUAUGCUGUCAAAUCGGAUGAGAAAUGCAUGGCCAGCACCAGUACGCAUCGCAAAUGUGUCUAGGUCUGGAAACUCGUCUACUUCGUUGUGGUCCUCAUACUCGCAUCGCAGAGUGGCCACUUGUACGGCAUACGAGCAUCAGAAAUUUUGCAAGUCGAUUUUGGAGAAUUAUUCGCAAAACUCGUGACAAACUGGCUUCCAACACGACCAAAAAACUUCUCUGUCAUUCGUAAUCAAAAUCAGGCAUCACAGAUCUUGUUGUCCUACUUCCACUCAUCUCGCAUCACACACCAAUCCAGAUCCAGGCAUGAUUUGUGCGAAAAUGCAUAACAAGCACCACCGACGGCGUCUACUUUUCUGCCCGCGACCCGGCCACGGUUGGAAACUUCUACGAUGCGUGCUGUGUACCGAAAAAGUUCUGCGACAUGUUGUUCGACUUGGAGUAUUGCGAAACGCUGUUCGAGCGCGGGUGGGUGCCAGCGGCAAACAGCUCGUCGGUCCUGUGCGACGCGGAUCCGUUGGCGUAUUACGGAAACGUCUGCAAGGAGCAGCACAAGGACACCUGUUGCCGCGCGACGACACAGUGUGUGGAUUUUUUUACGGUCUUGCGGUGCUACGAUACUUCUGGACCGAACAUGGUGCCCAUAACGGACGAGACCGUGCAGUGCAACGCUGCGGGCGGGAUGUGCGUCGACUACCCGGACAAUAACACUUGCUGCAUGGGUACUACUAGCAUAUGAACUGCAAAAGUAUCGUACUAGUCAAACCAGCCAUGCUCCGGCUGCCGCCGGAGCGCAAGGCUGUUGGGCCGGGGCAAGGCUGUUUGCCGCUCGGACCACAACCCCACGGGCCUAGGCACAACGAAACAUACUGGAUUCCUGCCGCCGAUUUGCGCCGCGCCAAGCCGCAGGACCACUUGCGCGCUUCCCGCGCCUGUGGGCGCUCUGCGCAGGGAGCAGUUGCAAAGAACACCGGGGGCGAACAGAAGCCGCAUGGCGGGAGAGGGUGGCGCGGGAGGGUGGCGCGAGAGGGUGCGCGAGAGGGUGGCGCGAGAGGGUGGCGCGAGAGGGUGGCGCGAGAGGGUGGCACGGAAAGGCGCCGAACAAAACAGCUCCGCGAAUGGCCUGCGGUGCCAAAUAUGGGUAGUGCCAUGCGGAUUCGCGCCCGCUUCUUUGUGCUUUCACCCUCUCGCAGACCUCUCGCAGACCUCUUUUUGGCCUCUUUUGGGGGGUCCCCGCUAAUAAUCCGGCUAUACUCGCGGGCAGAGGUCGACAGAGGUGGCCGAGAGGUGGCCAAGAGGGUCCGCGAGAGGUCGCCCCUUAUUCGCAACACCUCUCCCCACCUCUGUCGACCUCUCGCGCCCCCUCUUUUUGACCUCUCUGCACCCUCUGUGCCACUUAGGCGGCGCCUAAGGGUGGGCGCUUACUGCGGGCCUUAUUCGCGCACCCUCUCGCGGACCCUCUCGAACGGGGUCCCGCGCCACCUCUCCACCUCUGUCGACCUCUUUUCUACCUCUGUCGACCUCUUUUUUAUCUCUCGGCCACCUCUCUGGGGCCCUCUGUCUACCUCUUUUUUCGCAUGGAUAUAAUGCAUAGUAAUUGCAUUGCUUAGUAUUAUGAAUUGAAUUUGUAAUGCGGUUUUGCCUUAACAGUAUGUGCGUUGACUACCCGGACAAUAACACUUGCUGCAUGGGUACUUUAGCACCGACUUCUACGAUUUUAUAUACGUAGCAAGCUCAGCUUGCUGUUGGUUUCUGUUUCUUCUACAACUUUAUCUCGUCAUUCUGUGAUAAUGCGUGAAGAUGAAGCAGAUCGAUUAAGAUUAUACUAACAUAUAGUUCCGGUUUGUAAAUGUCAUUUAACAUUUCCAAUUUAUUCUCGUAUGCACCACAUCGAGCGACGAUAUUGCGAAAAAACUGUCAACAACCAAACCCAAACAGAGGAGGGCAUGCUGCAAGAUGAAGCAGCGCAAGAAGCCGAGCUUGACUUACUGCCGGAGAUUCUGACGUACGGUGGGAGUACCGUCUUGGUGUUCGUUCUCAUCACGGUUAUCGCCCUACAGUGCCGCGAGGAUCCGUUACGCAGAAAAGAGAGAACUACAGCAAUCAUCGAACGCGCACGAAGACGAACCAUGUCCAUGAUGCAUCAAAACGCGAUAGGGUUGGUGAUGGAGCGUAAGUCAUGCAUAACGGCGACUAUUUUUUUAAAAAGUAGACGUCUGGCGCAGGAGGUUGCGUGAUCAUGCACCAGCUUCAAAAAAAGUAGGAAUAGCCGCGUGAGACAGGUUUAUUUUGCAGCGAUCGCGAUCGAUGAUGGGAGUUUUGUUUUGCAUAUCUGCUGGCAGAAUUCAAAAAACGACUCGAGGAGCAGGAGGGCGACUCAGACGACGAUGACGAUGAAGAUUCUGAUGACUAGGAGGUGGAGGAAUUUCGAUUCUUCAUCAUCGCUAUCAAUCGGUAGCAAUCACAGGGCUGAUGUCAACAACAAGAAAGCGAAGGCUAUCUUUUCAUUUUUGAAAUUUUUUGUUGAAAAUCUAGGAACAAAGCAACACCUCUACGCCAUUGUUCACUCUGGAAACCAAAAUCACAACUCACGGGCGAUUCACAUAAAAAGGAACAAUCACGUAGUCUCUAUUAGUCAAAUUCCAAGCGCCAAGCCCAAGAAGAAGACACAGCAAUUUUUUUCAAAGCAAGGACACUGUGAAAAGAGAACGCAAAGUCGAACACCCUCUCUUGGUGGCUGUCAUUGAUACACAAAAAAUCGAAUCGAAAGUUGCAUAAACUGGCCCGAUACGAUGCAACAUCGAGACAUCGCUGCGAUACAAACAGAAACACGAUCAUGUCGUGCUCAUUCAUAGUACCAUUACCGACCACCGGUCUUUUUUAUAUGGGAGAUUGAGAACCGCCUACAAUUACAUGCUCAUCUGAUUUUUGGGCUGGCGCUGGAC